AUGGGGUCAGGACCUCGACCGCGAGCGUUUUCUGUCCAGGCAUUAGAAUCUGUGCUUUUCAAAGUUGGAAAUGCGAGACUGAUGAGAGAACUCAGGGAGCAGAGAACGUGGAUUCUGCUUGAAAACCCCCAGACUCACCAUGAGGGAGUGUGUCUGCUGGUGAGUGUUCUGCUAAGAUCUGAACUAGUAACACUUGAGAUCAUCCAGAACCUCCUCCCCUGGGUGAAUUCCCCGACAGAAAACUACCGAGUCACGGGCACAGCUUUCCUUGCCCAGCUAAUGAGUGAUCCCAUGCUCAGGGAGAAGAAGUUCCUUAAGAGUGUCUUACACAUCUUGGAAGAAAGGUCACAGGAUAGGAACAGCAUUGUCCGUCAGAUGGCUGUAAGAGGCCUGGGAAAUAUAGUCGAUGGGGCGCCUGAGAAGGUGAAAAAGCACAAGAAGUUUCUUCUGGACAUACUGAUCGGGGCCUUACAUGACAUUUUCAGUUCUGAAGUCAUUGGCGAGAGCAUGAAAGCACUGGCCAAAGUCCUCAAGGAGCUGAAAGAGAAGGACAUCGGUUCUUCCUUCAGAGUCCUCACCCAACAGAUCCGGACCUGCUUUGACGAUGAGGAUGAUGCCCUUCGCUCAAUGGCCUUUGUCCUAUUUGGCAUCCUGGCUCAGUUGACAAAGAAAAAAUGGAAGGCCUAUUUCUCCGAGCAGGUUCGAAAGAGCUGGGUCACACUUCUGCUGCACCUGCAAGACCCAAACCCCCAGGUUUCAAUGAAAUGCAGAGCUACGUUUCACCUCUGUUUCCCGUUUUUGGGACUGAAGAGAUUCCAGCAUGCGAUUAAUAAGCACCUUGGUGGCACAGACGAGCUGAAGCCUACAGAGCUCCAGGAGGACAUUUGCAGACACCUUGCCAAAGAGAAUGCAGAACUGCUGGAGAACUUAUACAAAACCACCCUCACGUACUUCUACAGCAGCUGGGAAGGGAUCCGGGCAGCUGCCGCCAAGUUAGCUGGCUUCAUCCGGGAACACACAGACAUGCAGCGUAUGAAAUGGCUGGACCUGGAAUAUCUGCUGAUGUCUCUCCGGGUCCUAGAGAAAGACCCAAGUUCCACUGUCCAGCUGGUGGCAACUGAGAUCAUAAGUGACAUCUGUUCUGGUCGAGUGCUUGAGGAAUGAAGCGGAACAGAGACAAACAGAACAAGGCACUCCAGUAGUAUAAGGGCCCUACCAUUAAUCAAAUGUUAAACCCACCCCUUGACUCAAUAAGCCCUACCCACCAGUCAUCGGAAGCCCCAACCCAUGGGGUAUUACUUCUGGGGCCAAGGCGGACACAUGACGGAAGCAAGAUGUGUCAUGUGACCCCUCUAAGAACUCCUCCCACUGUCCUCUACCAAUCAGGAUGGGUUUCACCCUGAUAGGAAUGCCCCGAGAGAAGAUUUGACCAAUCAGGGGGAGUUCCGGGGCAGGUGACCUGUCCAGAAGUGAUUUGUGUGACCCCUCUAAGAACUCCUCCCACUGCCGUCUACUGAUCAGGAGUGGUUUCAGCCACUGGGGAUCACUCCAAGAGGAGAUUUGACCAACUGAGGGGAAUUCUGGGGUGGGGUGACCCGUCCGGAAGUGCUUCAUGUGACCCCUCUAAGAACUCCUCCCACCACCCUUUACCAAUUGCGAUGGGUUUCAGCGGCAGAGGAUUGCCCCAAGAGGAGAGUUGACCAAAAUAGGGUAGGUUCUCGGAAGGGGUGAACCGUCUAGAAGAGGGUCGUGUGACCCCUCUAAGAACUCCUUCCAAUGCCCUCUGCCAGUCGGGGUGCAGCACCAUCACCCCAUAAGUCCCAGCGCUGGGCAGAGGAGGCCAUCUCUUACCACGAAGACGUGUUGUAUGAAUUGUGGAAAGGCUGAGAGGAGACAUGGACUCCUUUACCACCCCCCCUGAGAACUUCGGACUUUGUUUUAGCCCUGAGGACCUUUGGGCUUGUAUGGAUAAAGCGCUAUAGCAGUGACAGUUCCGAGGAGGGCCCUUUGACUCGACCAUUGAUAGAUACCUCGGAACCCGACCCAGAACUCUCGUGACAGGGCCGGCUCCAGACACCAGCCCACCAAGCACAUGCUUGGGGCAGCACCUUCGGACGGGGCGACACUUGGGGUGCUGGCUGUGUAUCACACAAACAAGGUCAUAUGUAAAUAACCCAGCUCCAGAUUUUGUAUAUACUGUGUACACAUUUCCUAUUAAACUGUUUGAAGUAUCUGUUUCAA